AUGCCUCACCAGCGCUCGUCGUCGUCAACAGUGGAAUCCAAGCAGGAAGCACCUACUCCCACUGCAACAACAACAGCCCCUACUCCUCGCCGCCCGCCACCCACACGCAUACCCAGCUACGCGCCCAGCGCGCCAAGCACACCGCUCCAGUCCCCUCCCGUCUCGCUUCGCUCGUCAGGCUCGGUGUCACCAUCCAAGGUCGAGCCCAAGCCGCCCACGUCGAUUCCAGUCAAGUCUUUGCCACCCAAGGCUCCAGUGUCCACCCCGGUCAAGAAGUCUGCUCCACCAUCACCAGUCAAGGCAUCAUCGCCGCCUUCGACACCCAAGCCCGCGCGUGUUUUCACCAAGGAGGAAGCCGUUAUUCACCCCCUGGACACCUCGGUUCUUUCAUCGGAGAAGAUCCCCGAGUCACCUUCCCCCGUCAAGACUACUGCUCCAAGCUCACCAACAAAGGGGCCGCGUUCCCCUCUCUCGCCUGCCGCGCUCGCACCGCCAGCCCUAUCACCUCCUCAUUCACCCGGGAGCUCGAUUGAACUCGACGUCCUAGGCGAGAAGCGUUCCAGCCUCGUCUCCGAGGUGGUAGUCGAAGACCCAAAGUUCAAGGACAAGGCGACUCAAACCCCGACCAAGAAGUCGAAUGGUGGCAAUGAGGAUGAGGCCCUAGGCGACAUAGACGCGCGCGACGCGUCGAUCCUCACGUUCUUCGCCGAGCAGGGUGCGCAUCCUCCCGAGACGCGUAACCCGACACCAGCAGUCACUCCGCGGUCGAGCACAACCUUCUCCGACUUUGUGGCCGUGGGCGCUGAUCCAGCCCUGACCCCGGCCCCGGACCCCGCUGCUCCUGUCACACCGAGCGGCAAGAACAAUGCCUCGCUCGGUGUAAUCUCCAACAUGUGGCGCGGGAUGCGCCGCAGCUUGAGCACUUCGGGUGCUCCGCCGUCGGUCAAGGGCAGCCCGCCCAGGUCGUCCAAGGAGGAUACGGAUAGCGAAAAGCCUACAGCGCCAGAUGCUCCAAGUGCUCCAAGCCCGCUGGAUCCCGCGACGCCUGCCGAGGACCUUACCGCGUCGCCUGUAAUCCCCCAGGAGAUUGACCGCACCGCGACGCCGUACAUUCCAUCAGACCGAUUUGGCGAUAUCGCCGAGCUCCUCGGCCCACACUUUGAAGGCAAGACGAACAGCGACCAGAGACAUCUCAAGGCGGCCCUCGCCCUCGACGAGCUCCUGUCCCUCGCUCACCCGUCCACCAUCCGCGACGUCAUGGACGACAUGCAUCGCCGCGCCCCCCGCGGCUGA